AUGGUCGGUUGUAGAAUCAUGAUGGUUUGGUUGAUUCUCUUUUCAGUUGCAGUUGCUCGAUUUCCACCUGAUACUGAUCACGCAGUCGAGAUAUUGCGUUCAAUUGCUCAGCAGCUUGGAUACCCACAGGAGCUUCUGAAGAGUUGGCAAGGGAAUGAUCCUUGCGGAUGGUUUGGAAUCAACUGUAUGGAGGGUGUCAUCACGAGUAUCGCCUUCAUAUCUAUGAAUUUGACAGGAACAAUUUCCCCGCAGUUCGCUGAUCUCACGUCUCUUCAGGUGCUUGAUCUUUCACAUAACCUCCUUACAGGCACCAUUCCUCUCGAGCUCACCAUGCUGAAUCUGAGAAUUCUGGAUCUUUCGUAUAACAAACUUCAUGGGACACUGCCGCACUUCAGGAACGUAGAUCUCAACACUGAAGGGAAUCCGGACCUCGAGACAAACAGCGUUCUUGUUCCUUCGCCAACAAGGAACAAGAACAAAUCAGGUAUUGUUGAACUCCUGCUUGGUAUUUUCGUCGGUGUAGUGAUUGCUGGAGGAGUAGCUUUUGGGAUCUUUCUGUUCAGGAAAAGGAAGCAUCACAUUCUACGACUUCAGAAUGAAACAGUGACAAGUGGGCAGCAAUGUGGUGAUGAAUACAUGGAAGUAGACAAUUAUGUGAUUCCCCUUUCGCUUCUCAGGGAGGCUACAGAAAAUUUUAGCGAGCAGAACCUGAUUGGGAAAGGUGGUUUUGGAUCAGUCUACAAAGGGAAACUGCAGAACGGAGAUGUUGAGAUUGCAGUGAAAAGAAUGGGCCAAAAAGUGUUAAGAGGAAAAGGGGAUGAAGGGUUUAGAGCCGAGGUGUGCACGUUAACCAAGGUAAACCAUAGAAAUCUCGUAGUUCUGCAUGGGUAUUGCGUCGAAGGAAACGAGAGAUUGUUGGUUUACAGGUACAUGUCUCAAGGAAGUUUGAACAGACAUCUAUUCCAGUGGAAGGAAGAAGGGUUGAAACCCCUUGAGUGGACUACACGGCUUGCUAUUGCCUUGGAUGUGGCCAGAGGGGUAGAAUAUCUGCAUACUUUGGCUCUUCAAUGUCAGAGUUACAUACACAGAGAUCUGAAACCGGCAAACAUCCUUCUGGGAGAUGAUAUGCAUGCAAAGGUUUCUGACUUUGGAUUGGUCCGGGCUACAGAAGAGGGCAGAGCAUCUAUCAGGACAAAGUGUGUGGGAACAGCUGGUUACAUUGCACCUGAAUAUCAAAUGAAUGGAAGGGUAACUACAAAAGCUGAUGUGUUCAGUUUUGGGGUCAUUCUGAUGCAACUAGUAUCAGGGCAGGCAGCUUUAGACGAGAAUCGAUCUGAGUAUGAUCAUCACAUCUCCACUUGGUUCAGGAAGGUUUUCAUCGACAACAACUCCAUUGGAAAAGCCAUUGACGAAACCAUCGAGCUCAACGAAGAGACCUGCAGCGUCAUUGAUGAGGUAGCCAAACUGGCAAUUCACUGUUGCGCCAAGGAACCCGCACAGAGACCUGAGAUGAGUUUUGUUGUCUCUACGCUGGCAUCACUCACAGUGCAUUGGACACCUAGUGAGAUCAGAGAGGAAGAUGAAGAUGAUACAAGUGCAACAAUUUCAGGGAUCAUUAAAGGAUGGAAGGAGCGUGAGGUCAAAGGAGCCAGCAGCAGCAUCUGCUCCUGA